GAAGAACCUGGCAAUUCUUGCAGAGACCAACCUUGUUGGUUAUCACAUUUCAUGUCGCAUCGCGUCUAGCCAUGUUUCUAUCCUACCCCGACUCCAGGAGAACUGGUGCGCCUCAUCUUCAAAGUCCCCUUGCCUUCCAGGCCUCCGGUCGGUCGCUGCCUCUAUCAAGUUGCCGCUGGCAGUGCUUGUCGAAAACUUGCACCUUCUCGGACCUAUCUAUGAACCUGAAGUCUUCUGGAGGACCUCGUAAAAGUCCUCGCCCUCUCGUCUGACACGACAACCCACCAUGGCAGGACUUCACAUCCUGCUUGCGCGAGUUCCGCUGAUAUCCGCCACCCACAGAGGCCCCGUGGUGAACUUGGUAGCAUGGAUCACGGUGACGACGAUGUGUCUGGCAGUUAUUACUGUCUUGAUCAGUAAAUUGGUUGUGUUGAGGAGACUGGCGUGGAACGACUCGAUCCUGAUCGCCGCAAUGGUGUUUUCCAUUGGAUUCACUAUCGCAAUCAACCAGCAAGUCAGCGGAGGAUUGGGGUCUGAGAUUUCGACCUUGACAGCUGACCAGUAUGAGAAAUUCCAAAAGGCUGGAUAUGCCUGGAACAUCCUCUACAUCACCAGCCUUUCCUUCGGCAAGGUCUCGACGUUGUCCUUGCUGCUUGCGUUGUCACCGAACAAAUCCUACCGUAUCCCAAUGCUGGCCACAGGCGGCUUGACGGCAGUGUGGGCGAUUGCAUCGAUCAUCGCCAGUGCAUUCCAAUGCUCGCUUCCCCACCCUUAUCUGAUCACCACAAGCAAAUGCUUCAGCCAGGAGGGCUUUUGGGACGCCGUGGGCGUCAUCGAUAUUCUGACUGACGUGGCACUGAUGGCUAUACCGAUAUGGCUUGUGCACAAUCUUCAACUACCUGUGAAGAAGAAAAUCGCCGUGUGUUUCGCCUUUUCCUUUCGGACACUUGCGAUCGCCUGCACGAUCUGGCGCAUUAGUGAAAUGCACCACUUCUUCGACCGCAGCGCCGACGUCACCUUCGAGAGCUGGCUUCCUACGAUCGCCACUUUACUGGAAGUCUUCUUCAGCGUCUUCUCGGCGUGCGUCCCGCAUCUGCGGCCAUUCAUGGAAUCCAUCCAGGCGGGCUAUCUUUCGGGCGUGAUUCAAGAAGGGGAUGGACGUUUCGGCUACGGCAACGACAGCUACUUGAUGGGCAAGAUGGCGCAAAGCAAGACCGGUUCAGCGAUCCGAAGUCAGGCUCUGAAGAGCGAGUUGCGGGGCGAGAGCCUCGAUCUCCCUCGUCAGGGAGCCACGAUCGGACACAUGAACGACUCGGCAGGCCACGGCAUUGGGCAAGCCCUCACGAGCAGCAACCGCAUCGUGGUGAACAAAGUUUCGGCAGGGAGGCCAGAGAAGGAGUUCAGCUCUGAGCGGCAUCGCAGUGAGAGCAUUACCUCGGAAGGAGGCCGGAGCCAUGGCAGCGACGGGAGCAAGGCCAUGAUCAUCAAGACAACCAAGGAAUGGAGCGUGAGUUAUCAGGACGCUUGAUCCGGGUCGAUCUCGCACGGGAUGUCCUUUGUCUUUUCUGUGCAGAGCGGGUUUUUCUGGGUACAUGGAUGCGUUGGGAUUGGGUAUGAGUGUAUGUACAUGCGUGCAUUGGUUGGCCGCAUGGACAAAGACACCUGAGAGGAUUUUGUACAUCUAGAUGUUGGAAUAUGAGGCAGUCAUGCGCGAGCAGACACGUCAGGCAGCAACAUCUCCUCCAUGUUCGCCUGUACAACCGAGACUUAUUGAGCGUGUUUCUUUGACA